AUGGACGGGGCGCCGAGGGUGGGUGAGCCGGAGCCGGAGCCGGAGCCGGAGCUGGUGCUAGGCAGCAGCCUGUGCAUCAUCACGGGCGCCUCCCGGGGGCUGGGCAGGUCGCUGGCCGUGGUGCUGGCUCCCAGGCUGCCGGCCGGCUCCCACCUGGUGCUGGUGGCCAGGUGCGGCCAGCGCUUGCGGGAGGUGGAGCGGCGGGUGCGGGAAGCCGCUCCGCCGGCCGGCGGCCUCAGGCUGAGCCGGGUGGAGGCCGAUCUGAGCGGGGAAGAGGGGCUGCGGCGGGUCCUCGGCGCGGUGAGCGGCAGCCAGGAGCUGGACGGAGCCCCGGAGCGAUUACUGCUCGUUAACAACGCGGGUUCCCUGGGAGAUGUCACGAAGUUUGUCGUGGACUUUACCAAACCGUCAGAGGUCACCGAUUACUUAGCCUUGAACUUCACGUCCUCCAUGUGCCUCACUGCCUCUCUGCUGAAGGCUUUUCCCAAACGAGAGAACCUUCACAGAGUGGUGGUUAACAUCAGCUCGCUGUGUGCCAUACAGCCAUUCAAAUCCUGGUCACUAUAUUGCUCAGGAAAGGCUGCACGGGAAAUGAUGUUCAGGGUCCUGGCAGCAGAAGAGCCGGACGUGAGGGUCCUAAACUACGCUCCAGGGCCCCUGGACACUGACAUGCAGAAGCAAGCUCGGUCAGAGACAGCAGACCAUGAAUUGCGUCAGACUUUCGCGACUAUGCAUCAGGAAGGCCAGCUCAUUGACUGUGAGGACUCCGCCAGGAAGCUGGUGAACAUCCUACUUCGAGAUGAGUUUCAGUCCGGCGCACACAUCGAUUACUAUGACCAAUAAUCCUGCCAUUGCUCACUGCUGGCAUCACUCAUGGUGUGACAUAGGACUUUGGAGCAGUAGUUGGCCAUUCAGCCCCUCGAACCCGCUGCACCAUUCAAUAAGAUCGUGGGUGAUCCGGCCUGAUCCUCUCUGUUCCCCCAUGACCCUUGACUCCCUUGUCUCUCAAAAAUCUGCCUAGAAUAUAUUCAAUGGCCCAGCCUCCACUGCUCCCUGGGGAAGAGGAUUCCACAGACUAGCAACCCUCUGAGAGAAAGAAAGCUCCUUAUCUCCAUCUUAAAAUGGAGACCUCUUAUUCUUAAACUGUAUCCCCCUCGUUCUAGUUUCCCCCAGAAGAGGAAAGAUCCUCCUUGUAUCCACCCUGUCAAGUCCCUUCAGGUGAUGGCGGUGACUGUGUGUGGAGGCCACUGUUUGCGCUUCUCCCCAGACAGGGGCUCCGAUCUGCUCAAAGGGACCUUAUCCUCGUUGUUGACCCGUGUCCCUUUACCCACCAGACCAGGCAGCAGUGUCUCAGCACAUUCACAACAACUAGUAAACUCACCAAGACACAUCGCCUAAGUUAAAAGCAAAAAACCGCAGACGCUGGAAAUCCAAAACAAAAAUAAAAAUACCUGGAAAAACUAAGCAGGUCUGACAGCCUC